AUGAGAGUUUUGAUCGUUUUUUCUGCCUUAGCCGGCUUGUGUCAGGCCAUUGUCGUCGCCCCACGACAAGCUGUCAGUCCUUCAGAAGUUGCUGUCACAUCGACCAGCCUCAGUAUAGUCACAAACACCAUUACCACUGCCUAUCCGAUUAUCACUACAGCGACGACCUGUAGUGUCGAUAGUAUAGUCCCAAAAGGCCCCACUUACUCAGCCGGCGCGGUUUGGUCCCUGCCCGGAGGCAAUUACUAUUCUCAGCAAUGUGGUGCAUCGCUCAUCGGUGGAACCGUUAUUCGUGCCUAUGUCGAACCUAUCGGAGCUGCUGCCACUUCUAUCUGUGUAUCCUUCUGCAACGCUCUCAACAAUCUGAAAACAGCUGCCAGUUCAUGUAACGGAAUUGCGUUUACCACCGUUGGUGCUCUUUACGAGUGCUUCUUGCAAAAUGGACCAGUCACUCAAGCACCAGCUCCUUCAAAUGUUUUCAACAUUGUACAAUAUACAACCAAUCCUUGUGUUGUCACGAGCACUGCGUUACAAACGGACAUUUCUUACGAGACAGUUACGUCUACGAUUGAAGUCGUCUAUACUUCGACUGUCAGCACCUCAGUCGUCAUCAUUCCUUCGGCUACUACAACCACCAGUACUAGUACUUCAGAAGUUCCUUCAGUCUCGGCAACCAUCAGUACUUCUGAAACUCCAUCUGCAGCCGGAACCACGAGUACAUCUGAGAUUUCUUCGGCCGCUGCCAGUACCUCCGUCAUUGUCAUUUCCUCGACCGAUACAACCACCAGUACUUCCGAAACCCCCUCCGCAGCAUCCACAACUCUAAUCCCUACCCUCUCUCCUCCCAACGCAACCAUCAUUACUUCUCAAACCCCCUCAGCAGCUCCAACCUUAGCAUACACCAAUUCCUCCACCUCUAUCUUUAUCUCCAUAACCACCUCCCAAACCCUCUCCUCAGCAAUCCCGACCUUGAUAUUCACCAACUCCUCCAUCCCCAUCUCCAUCUCUACAACCACUAGUUCCGCCGCAGCCGCAUCUACCAGUACUGCUGGCGAUGACGAUAACGACGACGACGAUGAUGAUGAUGAUGUCUGUUAUUAUGACGAUGAGGAAGGUGAGGAAGUGGAUGAUUAUUAG